AUGAUCGGUGUCGGCGCCGAGUUGUCACUCGCGCUGGAGAUCGCUGCCAAGCUGAAGGCCGACAAGGGCAUUACUGCUCGUGUGGUCAGUUUCCCCUCCCAGCGUCUGUUCCAGAAGCAGUCGCUCGAGUACAAGCGCGACACUCUGCGUCGUCACCGUGGCAUUCCUGCUGUUGUUAUUGAGCCUUCAGUCCGAACGGCUGGGAGCGCUAUGCUGAUGCUGGUUUCUAUAUGA